CGUGCGGGUGGCUGGCGGGGCCGGACGCUCGGCCCGGGCCGGGGCGGCGAUGUGGGGGGAUCCGGGCAGCCCUGGCGGCCGCGGGGACGGGGGCGGAGCCCGGAGCGCCGCGGACACCGCCCCCCUGCGCCGGCGGAGCCGCCGCCCGAGCGCGGACCCGGGAGCCCGAGGCGACUGCGGCGUGCGGGACCCCGAGGACGCGACCAUGCCGGGCGGGGCCGAGGCUGGGGAGGCCGAGGAGGAGACUGGGGCCGGCUCCGGGUCCGAGGCGGAGGAGGACGCUUUGUGGGAGCGGAUCGAGGGCGUCCGGCACCGGCUGACUCGCGCCCUCAACCCGGCCAAGCUGACGCCCUAUCUGCGCCAGUGCCGGGUCAUCGACGAGCAGGACGAGGAGGAGGUGCUGAGCACCUACCGCUUCCCGUGCCGUGUCAACCGCACCGGGCGCCUGAUGGACAUCUUGCGCUGCCGUGGCAAGAGGGGUUAUGAGGCCUUCCUGGAAUCGCUGGAGUUCUACUACCCCGAGCACUACACACUGCUCACGGGCCAGGAACCUGCCCAGCGCUGCUCCAUGAUCCUUGAUGAGGAGGGGCCAGAAGGCCUGACCCAGUUCCUGAUGACGGAGGUGCGACGGCUGCGGGAGGCUCGCAAGAGCCAGCUGCAGCGGGAGCAGCAACUGCAGGCUCGGGGCCGGGUGCUGGAGGAGGAGCGGGCGGGGCUGGAGCAGCGGCUGCGGGAGCAACAGCAGGCUCAGGAGCGCUGCCAGCGCCUCAGGGAGGACUGGGAGGCGGGCAGCCUGGAGCUGCUGCGCCUCAAGGACGAGAACUACAUGAUCGCCAUGCGCCUGGCCCAGCUCAGCGAGGAGAAGAACUCUGCAGUGCUGCGCAGCCGGGACCUGCAGCUGGCGGUGGACCAGCUGAAGCUCAAGGUGAGCCGGCUGGAGGAGGAGUGCACCCUGCUGCGGAGGGCCCGGGGGCCGCUCCCCGGGGCCGAGGACAAGGAGCCGGACAGCGUGGACCUGGUCUCUGAGCUGCGCGCCGAGAACCAGCGGCUGACCGCGUCCCUGCAGGAGCUUCAGGAAGGCCUGCAGCAGGAAGCGAGCAGGCUGGGGGCCCCAGGCUCAGAACGCAUCCUCCUGGACAUCCUGGAGCAUGACUGGCGGGAGGCUCAGGACAGCAGGCAGGAGCUGUGCCAGAAGCUGCAUGCCGUCCAGGGGGAGCUGCAGUGGGCUGAGGAGCUGCGGGACAAGUACCUGCAGGAGAUGGAGGACCUGCGGCUGAAGCAUCGCACGCUGCAGAAGGACUGCGACCUCUACAAGCACCGAAUGGCCACGGUCCUGGCCCAGCUGGAGGAGAUCGAGAAGGAGCGGGACCAGGCCAUCCAGAGCCGUGACCGGAUCCAGCUGCAGUACUCCCAGAGCCUCAUCGAGAAGGACCAGUACCGCAAGCAGGUGCGGGGCCUGGAGGCUGAGCGGGAUGAGCUGCUGACCACGCUCACCAGCCUGGAGGGCGCCAAGGCCCUGCUGGAGGCACAGCUGCAACGGGUCCAGGGCGGCCCCUGCCUCAAGGCUUGUGCCUCCUCCCAUUCCCUGUGCUCCAACCUCAGCAGCACCUGGAGCCUCAGUGAGUUCCCCCCGCUGCUGGGAGGCCCGGAAGCAGCUGGGGAGGCGGCCAUUAUGGGGGGAUCCGAGCCCCACACCUCGGAGGAGGCGACAGACAGCGAGAAGGAGAUCAAUCGGCUCUCCAUAAUGCCCUUCCCCCCAAGCGCUGGCUCCAUCCUCCGCCGGCAGCGUGAGGAGGACCCUGCACCCCCGAAGAGGUCCUUCAGCAGCAUGUCCGACAUCACAGGGAGUGUUACGCUUAAGCCCUGGUCUCCUGGCCUCUCCUCGUCUUCAUCCUCCGAUAGCGUGUGGCCUUUGGGGAAGCCCGACGGCCCCCUGGCCAGAGGCUGUGGCCUGGAUCUCCUCAACAGGUCUCUGGCUAUCCGGGUGUCUUGCCGGAGCCCCCCGGGGGGGCCCGAGUCCCAGGACAAGGGCGCAGAUGGCCUGUCGUUCCUUGGGGACAGCUGGUCUGGGGCCAUGGUGCGGAGGGUGCUCUCUGGGCCAGGGUCUGCCAGGGCGGAGUCCAGAGAGCCAAGGGCCGAGGCUGCUGGCCUGGAGGGGGCAGGUGUGGAAGGUGAGGUCCAGCAGAGAACAUUGCCCUGGAGCCAGGUGUCCACGUUCCCCUUCCUGAUGGACUUCAAGGCCUGUCAGUCCUUCCAUGAGGCCCUCGACGCCUGGACAAAGGGGCUGAGCACCGAGCCCUUCUAUAUCCGAGCCAACCUUACCCUGCCGGAGCGAGCAGACCCUCACGCCCUGUGUGUGAAAGCCCAGGAGAUCCUGCGUCUGGUGGACCCGGUGUACAAGCGGCGGCAGGAGUGGUUUUGCACCCGGGUCGACCCCCUGACGCUGUGGGACCUGGACCGGGGCACUGUGCCCAAUUACCAGAGAGCCCAGCAGCUCCUAGAAGUUCAGGAGAAAGGCCUGCCCUCCAGCCGCCACCGAGGGUCCCGAAGUAAUCUGAAGAAGCGAGCCCUGGACCAACUCCGGUUGGUGAAGCCCAAACAGGGGGGAAGCUCCGCGGCGGCUUCUCCAGAGCAGCUGUUGCUGGAGCCCUGCUCAGAGCCUGAGCGAAGCCUCAAACCCUACAGCCUGGUGCGCCCACUGCUGGUGUCCGCUCUGCGGCCCGUGGUGCUCUUGCCCGAGUGUCUGGCACCCCGGCUCAUCCGCAACCUGCUUGACCUGCCCAACUCCCGGCUGGACUUCCAAGUGUGCCCAGCAGAAAGCCUCUCUGGGGAGGAACAGUGCUCAUCCUCAGCACCUGGAGCCCCCAAGGCCCAGCCUGCCACCCCUGGGCUGGGCAGCAGGCUCCGUGCCAUCCAGGAGUCUGUCGGGAAGAAGAAGCACUGCCUGCUGGAGCUGGGUGCACGAGGCGUGCGGGAGCUGGUCCAGAACGAGAUCUACCCCAUCGUCAUACACGUGGAGGUGACAGAGAAGAACGUCCGGGAAGUCAGGGGUCUGCUGGGCCGGCCCGGCUGCCGGGACUCGGAGCUGCUGCGGCAGUGCCAUCGCUCGGAGCAGGUGCUCUGGGGGCUGCCCUGCUCCUGGGUGCAGGUGCCUGCGCAUGCAUGGGGCCACUCGGAGGGGCUGGCCAAGGUGGUGCGCGGCCGCAUCCUGCAGGAGCAGGCCCGCCUCGUGUGGGUGGAGCGCGGCAGCUGUGCCGGGGGCGUCGGCGGCAGCAGCAGCGAGGCCUGAGGGGCCCCUUCUGGUGCCUGCGGCUUUCUCACACACCUCCGAAGCCCCCGCUGCGGACCCCGGUGUCUGCAGUGGGAGCUGGGUCCUCCUCAUCCUGAGCCUUCCUAGACCCUUGGCCUCCCAGACGUGGGGCCCCCAGCUCUGGGCUCUCCCCCGAGUGAAUUUCCAGGAGCCCUCGGGGCGGAGCUCCCACCGCCCCCGUACUUGCUGCUCUGGGCCUUCAGUGCGCCCCUUGUCUCCGUGAUUCCAGUUGUGGGCCCCACGCACGUGUCUGUGACCUGUUCUCCUUGCCCCCAGGAGCAUCUGAGCUCUCACUCCGGUGCACUGGUUUACACACCCAGGUUCUCACGGCAGGCACAUGAGGUCUCCUGGGUCCUCGUUCCCUUCUGUUCAAGGAAGCCCCGAGCCCGCCCGGCAUGCCCCUCCCCCGCACCCCGCUCACGUUUCUUGUGUAUACCUCCACGUGUGGGCACCGUGGUUUCCCUGGCCCACCGGGCCCCUCGCGUCUUCUCGUCACAUGUAUGUCUGUGGUUCUCUCCUGUGUAAAUGUCACACCCCGUCCCGUGACACUUGGGCACUAACCCUCGUGUGUGCCCGGGGAGUACACCGAGGACCAUGUUCUCACAGCGCCGUCUCCCUGCAGUGACCCGCCUCUCAGAGGUACAGUGGGGGGAAGGCCGGCUGCUCCGUCACCAGAAUGUACGGCCUGUUGAUUUUUAACGGGCCUUUUUCACUCAGAUUCUACACAUUAUGGAACAUUAAACAGUUUGUCAUAGAAGCUGGUGGCCUUUUGCUUGCUCGCCUUCCGGGCCCCGGACCCCCUCUCCACUCCCCCGGCUCGUCCCCCCACCCCCAGAUCAGGCUGAUACCACCUCUCAGGCCCCCGCUUGCCCAUGGGAAGGGUCAGAUUUCGUUUCUGACUCAUCCCAGAGCCGCCCGCCAUCUGCUGGCAUCACCUUACCUGCCCCUGAAUGACCAAAGAAAGGGCCCCACAGAUGGGCCCCCUCCACGCUCAGCCCUGCCUGUGUCUAAUCCUCAGAGGAGCGUCCCCUGGAGAGGAGACACUGAGGAUAGCAGGGUAUGGUCUUGGCUUAAGGAGCCCAGCUGCUGAGUCCAGGAGACCACGAGCAAACCCUCUGUGCGCAAUCAGGUCCUGAGACCAUUCCACCGGCAAGAGGAUGGUCCAGGCAGGAUUACCACGGGGGUUGCUGCUUCAGCUUAGGGUCUGGGAUUCCUUCAAGAAGUAUUUAUUGGACCUAUGUGCCUAAGUGCUGUCCUUGGUCAUCCUAUGGCUGCCCUCUGUCCUAGUGAUGAACUUGGGUCAGCCCCUGGAGGUUGGGGUGGGGGAAUGGGUUACUAGGUGGAGGGAAUCCCCGGAGUGAAGUCUCAGAGACAGAAAAUGGGUUGAAUUUGGCCACCUGUGGAGUGGUAGGAAAUGAAGCUGGGAAGUCCCAAGUUCAGGGGUGGGGGCUGCCUAUAUCUUAGUGUCUUUUGAGGUCUGGCUCAGACACCAUCUCCAGGAAGGCUGCUUGAUUCUGCCAGGCCUUGGGACUUUUCAGUCAUGCCUUGUGGCAGGAUGGUGGGUCUCUGAGGGUGGCCGUGAGCUCCCUGGGUGUGGAGACCAAGUAAUGCUCAUUUGGGUAAACGGACCUCCCCAUUUUCUUGCUGCAUGCCUGGCCCAGUGCUUGGUCUAUGGACAUGAGUCUGGGUUACAUUGCGGGACCUCAGUGAGGCAGUUGGCUUUGUUUGGUCCCAUGGUAGG